AUGAAUUUUCAAACGGACUGUGCAGACUUGAUAAAGAUGAUAGACAGACCGAAGGAGUGGCCGGCGUUUGCGAAUCUACUUGACGAGGUGGAGAAAUGUAAAAGGCAGUUCGAGGCGUUCUCCUUAACCCACAUUCCAAGAACGAAGAACACAAAGGCAGACAAGUUAGCACGGAGUAUGGGAAAUGAGCAGCCCAACGGAGCAGUUGACGACUCUCCCGAUUACAGUCAGAGGUUCAUCGUUGUUGUGAUUCUCAGCUCCACCAUUGUUCUUCUUUAUUUGUUUUUCCGUUACUGGAUCAUGAAGCAUGUCAUUCAGCGUCUCUGGCCUACAGAAGAACCUCCCCAACAAGCAAUCACUGAAAUCGAGCUGAGUCAAGUAGCAGCUCCAGAACCAUAG